AUGGCAUUCGCCGAACUCCUGGAUCAAGUGGGGGGCAUGGGACGCUUUCAAGGGCUCAACGUGGCGCUCCUGUGCUUCCCAAUGCUCCUGAUGGCAGCUCACAACCUGUUGCAGAAUUUUACCGCUGCGGUUCCCGGGCAUCACUGCCGAGUCGCCUUGAACAAAGCGUGCGCCAAUGGGAACGCCACGGGAAAUCGAGAUUGUGGGGCGCUCUUGAGGGUGUUCGUACCGCAGGAUGGGGCCUGGAGGCCGGAAAAGUGUUGGCGUUUUGUCACCCCCCAAUGGCAGCUGUUGGAGUUUAAUUCAACGGGACGGGAGCCAACGGAGGCCGAGCAGGAACCGUGUCUGGAUGGGUGGACCUAUGAAGGGUCGGUCUUCACAUCCACCAUUGUAACCGAGUGGGACUUGGUGUGCAAUUUCCGGAGCCUCCAGCAGCUGGCUCAGUCUAUCUACAUGGCCGGUGUGCUGGUGGGUGGCAUCAUCUUCGGGAGCCUCUCUGACAAAUUCGGGCGGAAGGCUUUGCUUCUCUGGUCGUGUUUCCAGAUGGCGGUGUCCGGAUCCUGCACGGCGUUCGUCCCCAGCUUCAGCGCUUAUUGUGUCUUGCGCUUCCUAACUGGUAUGGCUGUUUCCGGAGUUGGCCUCAACUGCGUGUCUUUGUCUGUGGAGUGGACGCCGAUGCAUUCUCGAGCCACGGUCAGCAUGGUGACCGGGUACAGCUACAGCGUUGGACAGUUCAUCCUUGCGGGCGUGGCGUACGCCAUCCGGGAUUGGCGUUGGCUCCAGUUGGCCGUGUCUCUCCCCUACUUUGGCAUGUUCCUCUACGGCUGGUGGUUCAGAGAGUCUGCCCGCUGGUAUGCCACGGUGGGCAAACUUGACCAGGCGCUGAAAGAGCUGCAGAAAGUUGCUCAGAUGAACGGGAAAAAGGAUUGCCAGGAGAAGCUCAGCCUUGAGGCUUUGAAAGCCAGUCUCCAGACAGAUAAUUCCUCAGCCAACAACGCCAAGUUCCCGGUGGCUGAUUUGGUACGCACGACAUCUCUGCGCCGAAUCACCGUGUGCCUUUGCUUCGUCUGGUUCUCCACCAGCUUUGCCUAUUAUGGUCUGGCGAUGGACCUGCAGAAUUUUGGCGUCAGCGUCUACCUUAUCCAGGUGAUAUUCGGUGCGGUAGACAUUCCUGCAAAGUUGGUGGCUUUCCUUGUGAUCUCCUAUUCCGGCCGUCGGAUCGCUCAGGCGUUGAGCCUCAUCUUAGCUGGGCUGUCCAUCGGCGCAAACAUCUUUGUGUCUCAUGAUAUGCAGAUUCUGAGGACCGUCUUUGCUGUCUUCGGGAAAGGAUGUCUAGGCGCAUCUUUCAACUGUGUCUUCUUAUACACCGGAGAGCUCUAUCCUACAGUGAUCAGGCAAACCGGGAUGGGCUUUGGAAACACCAUGGCACGUGUCGGAGGGAUCGUGGCCCCUCUGGUGAGGAUGACCGGCGAGUAUCUUCCAUCCCUUCCCCUGGUCAUCUACGCCACGGCCCCCAUCAUCUCUGGGAUGGCUGCCUGUUUCCUGCCCGAGACUUUAAAUGUGCCGCUACCAGAUACCAUAGAAGAUGUGGAGACCAGGUCAGUUGUGAUAGGGACUUGCUGGUCCUUGAACACGGAGGAAGAAAAGCGAGAAAACGCCAGAAAAGACCAAGUUUGUCAUCCAGGCGCAGUUCUGCUGGAUAUGACGGAAAUCCAAGAGACAGAAAAAGACUCCAGGCUACCAGAAAACCUGCGAAACACAGAAGGAAUUAAAACGGAAGUUUGCUCUGACAUCCCCAAAGGAGCCAUCACGAUUUCCAAUGCAUUAUGA